AUGGAGAAUCUGACAGAUGUGACAGAGUUUAUCCUUCUGGGUUUUGCUGUUGAACACUGGCUAGAGAGCCUACUCUUCGUUGCUGUCGUGAUCACCUGUUUCUUGAUCCUGAUGGGGAACAUGAUCAUCAUCUUCAUCACGUUAGUGGACAGUCAUCUCAAAACCCCCAUGUAUUUCUUCCUUCGAAACUACUCCCUCUUGGAAAUCACUUACACUUUGGUUGUCAUUCCCAAGAUGCUCUCCAACCUUUUGGCAGAGAGUAAAAGCAUUUCCCUUCCUGGAUGUUUCAUUCAGAUUUUUUUCUUUUUCUUCCUGGGAACCAAUAUCUUUUUCUAUUUAUCGAUCAUGUCUUUGGACAGAUACAUAGCUGUCUGCAACCCUUUGCGUUAUGCCACCAUCAUGAAUGCUAGGGUCUGUUUCCUGUUGUUGGUGGGUUCGUGGGGAGUGAGUUUCCUUUUAGUCCUUCCACCCUCAGUGAUGACGGCCAAGCUGAAAUUCUGUGGUCCCAACAUCAUCAACCACUUCUUCUGCGAUACCACCCCUCUCUUCCAACUCUCCUGCCAGGAUACACGGCUCAUAAAAGUAGUGACCCUGUUUGUAGCUGUAUUCACAUUACUCAGUACUUUGGCAAUCAACUUUGCCUCUUAUCUCCAAAUUAUUUUCACCAUCCUGCACAUCCCAUCUGCUGCAGGGCAGAAAAAUGCUUUCUCCACAUGCUCUGCUCACCUCAUUGUCAUAUCUGUGCAGUAUGGAAGCUGCAUAGGCAGGUACAUCAGACCCCCAGAAAACAGCGGGGAAGAGUCUGACAAAGUGUUAUCUCUUAUUUAUACCCUGGGCAUCCAGCUUUUCAACCCCUUCAUAUACACGCUCCGGAACAAGCAAGUCAAGCAGGCCUUGUGGAAUGUUGUCCGGAGGCUGAGCGUUAGUUCACGUCCCCAAAGGCACUUAGGCCCCGUACUCCAUUAG